AUGAUCAUCAUCCCGAUCAUCUCCAUCCUCCUCAUACAGUCGUCGCUCGCGUUCCUAGAAGACUCCUAUCCAGAAACGUUCGACUCUAAUACGUACCCUGAGGACCUGUUCGACAACGACAACGACAUUGAAGUACAAAGACGUAGCAACCACUUUCUACGAUUCGGCAGAAACAACGGCAAAUAUGAAAACAACGAGGUAGGAAACGACGACUACGAAGAUUUCGCUAGGCCCACCAGGUCCGGAAGGAUCGAAAAGAACGACCACUUCAUCAGGUUUGGACGAGGAAAACAUCAGGAAUUCUUGAGAUUCGGCAGGGACCCCCAAAGGCGCGACAAGUCUGCCUACCUUAGAUUCGGUAAGAACGAAAUGCCAAUAUUUAAAGAGUAUAGACACAAACGCGACACCUUCUCCGAUGAAGCAGACAAACGCAGCGACUCUUUCUUGAGAUUCGGCCGUAACUCGAACUUCAUGAGGUUUGGACGUGAUCCAACAAACUACCUAGCGAACCCUGGCAACAUGCUAUCGACACUGGAACUUCUUAAAAUGCAAGAACAAACUUUAGCAAACGUACUUGCUCAACUGAUGCUUCACAAGAAAGAAGAAAAUAAGCCUUGCACAAGGGCGGCAUAA